AUGCUUGCCGACUCUAUUGGAAACCAGCUUGCGGGAGGCGACGCACCAAAACUCCGAACCGCAUGCGAGAAUUGCAGACAAUCCAAAGUCAAGUGCAAUCUGUCUGGCAAGAAGGUGUGUACUCGCUGCCUCCGGAAUGGACUGCAAUGUCAAUAUGGAUUCGCCAAUCGCUCCGGUAAACCAAAGGGUAGUAAAAACCGAGCGACGCUGAGGAAACUGGGCCAAUUACCGGAGGAAAAGCCUCCUGUUCGGGGAUAUCGUGGUGGCCGGCUGGUGCCUCCUGUUGUAGAUCGUAAGCCGCUAGUGAACGCAGGCUAUCAAGCGCAUAUGAGUGAGGCAAUGAUAGAUGAUGAUGUCUGCUUGAUUUCAGGCUCAUCAAGUCUUUGGGAUAGCCCACAAGGUCUUGGCACUCUAUCUCUGGAAACGCCCAUAUGUCCCUCGCAAAUGAGAGCAGUGGGUGGCUCACCCUUUGCGGACUUUAUGGAUGCUUGCCCUCCCUUCUCCAUCGGUCUAGGCUACCCGCAAACUCCAGUGACACCCACGUUUCUCGCAUCAGAUCCACUGGGAGAUGGCAUGACAAGCCCACCACUUAGUGGCUCCGUAUCCUCACCUUACCCAGGGAUAGUAUCGUGCGAAUGUGUUGAUAUGCAGUUGUUCCAUAUGAAUCGACUGAACCAACUCCUGGCCGAGUCUCAGCCACUCCGCUUCGACCAGAGCUUGCAGACAAUCAAAGCGACUUUUUGCGCUGGGCAAAUCUUCCUACAGUGCCGGACAUGCGCCAAGGAUAGUUCCAAUCUGCUGCUCCUCAUUUCCGUUCUCAAUUUGACUCUGCAGCUAUUCGAGUACUGGAUAUCGCGGGAGACUUCUCGAGCGCCACAGGCGGAUCACGGAGUCGAUAUCAGAUAUGGAUACUACGAGGUCCGUCAUGAGGAGAACCUACAGAUACGCAAGUUUUUACUCCGAGGUCUACUUUUGCAGUGUAGAGAGUUGCUCUCCCUGCUAACAACGACUAUCAAUGCCUCCUACCUGGACGGUGAGAGCUCGGCCGUGGUAAAGACGACUACCGGAGAGACAGAUCACCAACCCUGGUCCUCUCCGGGUAGUCUGUGCACCCCCUUGUCCGACCUUGACCCCGAGUUAUUGAAUCACAAUGAUUCUGAGAGCAAGUGUCUGCUGCCGAUCGUCGCGGGUUACGAGGCAACUGUGGAUGCAUUCCUUCAGACCGUGUCGAUGAAUGAAUGCAUCUGUGGAUCGAAAUGUGGAGAUGAAUCUGUUUAG